CAGCAGUGCAGUGGUUAAAGCAGCACCGAAUGUGUUCUUCUCUGAUCUCUUGGUGCUCUCAUUCCCAACCGCUACAGUAGGAAGAUGGCGACGGAGGGAGCAAGCGGAGAGCAGCUUCCUCCGAUUCAAACGUUAACAGCAGCAUUGCACGGAAGCCUAGAAACGAAAUGUGAGUUUAAUAUGGAUAAUCUCAGCAAACCAGAACUGCUGACACUUUUGAGCAUUAUGGAGGGGGAGCUGGAAGCCAGAGAUUUGGUGAUUGAAGCCUUACGGGCUCGUAGGAAGGAUGUGUUUAUCCAGGAACGAUACGGGCGGUUCGACAUCACUGACCCCUUCCUGGCUCUGCAGCGUGACUAUGAAGCAGGUGGAGGAGAGAAGGAGAAGAGGCCCAUGUGCACCAGCCCCUUGUCAAUCCUGGAGGCAGUCAUGGCCCACUGCAGGAAAAUGCAGGAACGAAUGUCAGCGCAGCUCGCUGCUGCGGAAAGCAGGCAAAAAAAACUGGAGUUGGAGAAGGCUCAGUUACAGAGCCUGGAGCAGGAACACAAGAAGCUGUCGGCCCAGCUGAAGGACGAGCGUGAAAAGAACAAGCACAUCGUCACGAUGCUGGUGAAGGAAUGUAAGCAACUGGCUGCCAAGGUGGUUGAGGAGAGCCAGAAAUUCGAUGACCUGUCGGCCAAGCUGGAGGAGGACAAGACGACGAGCCGGCUGGAGGAGGAGCUUUCAGCCGAGAGGCAGAAGGGUCAGCAGAUGGAGGCGCAGAUGGAGAAGCAGCUCUCCGAGUUCGACACGGAACGGGAGCAGCUGCGUGCCAAGCUGAGCCGCGAGGAAACACGUGCAGGAGACCUGAAGCUGGAGAGUGAGAACCUGAGGAAAGAAGUGGAGCAGCUUAGAUCUGAAAAGCCAAGCAAACUAAAUGUCCCUGCCAACCUACCAAACAAAACCAAGUGCUGGACGUCCAUCGGCGUCGGAACAGACAAACUAAAUUUGAGGACAACCUCUUGCCAAACAGACAUAUCACUAGCUGCAGAGCACAGUAUUGAUGGUUUGAAGAAGUCUCCCAUACUUGUAAAAGCUUCCACUAUGAAUUACACCAGUGGUGGAAAUCCAAAAUUGGGCGUAGCAGGAAAUGCAGCCAAACAUGACAGGGGUUUUCCCCACUGCAAUUCAGUAGCGACAGCACAGACUGAGAAUGGGUCUUCAGUUGGUGGAGCCCCAGAGUCACAGCACCAAGUCAAUCCACCUGCAAUGCACAGUAUAAAUUCACCUGCUAACUCUACCACUUUGCAGACAGGCCUGAGUCCCAGAGUCCAGGCUGCACGCUUCAAGUUUCAGGCUUCUCCAACCGAGCACGAGCAAAAUGGAACAACCACCCAGAGCCCCCCAUCCAGAGAUUUGUCACCCACAAACCGUGACAACUUGGCUGCCAAGCAGCAAGCCCGCCACACCGUCACACAAGUUCUUUCAAGGUUUACAAGCCCACAGACUGCCACUUUGAGGCCUGUUUUACCCCAUUCUGCUUCCGAAGGAGGACCUUUCCCCGGCCGAAUAGGCCAUCCACAAAUUGGCUUAAAGUCUCCAACAGUGACGAGAGUUGACAGAGGGAAUCCACCGCCUAUACCGCCCAAAAAACCUGGCCUGUCGCAGACCCCCUCUCCUCCACACCCACCUAUAAAAGUGGUGACUGACGGGAGCCGAUCCCCCAACACUGGGCUGGGAAUUCCCUCCAAACCAGUGCCCCCUCUUUCCGGAUCACUUCAAGGAAUGCGCCUAAUAAAUGAGGAGAUUCUAAUCAAACCCACAUCGCCUCAGGUACCACCCAAACCAGCCAUCGAUAUCUCGGGGGCAGGAGUGGGCAUCCCUAUCCCAGCCUUGGCCACAUCUCAGGUGGGUGCCUGGCCCUCCCUCUCCCAAGGGCCGCACCAGUCCGCAUGCUCAGAGUGUCCCCUUGCCAUUCCCACCUCCUCCACCGCCAUUGCCUGUAGCUCCUCCAUAAACCCUGUUAGUCCUUCAUCCUGUAGACCCUGUGAGACAGACAGCCUACUGGUAACAGCCUCAGGUAAAGGCUGGUGUCCCUCCCUAGUCCCCUCGCUAACCUGUGGUGGUCCUGUCCCCCUGGCUGGCAGGCCCACCCUUCUCCACCAAGCUGCUACCCAGGGAAAUGUCACUUUAUUGUCAAUGCUGCUUAAAGAAGACCGAUUGGAUAUUAGUCACCUUGAUGAAGAUGGAAAUUCUGCCUUAUAUUCUGCUGCUAAAUAUGGACACACAGACUGUGUUACGCUGCUGCUGACUAAAGGGGCACCAGUUGAUGUUCCUGAUAAAAAUGGAUUUACACCAAUACAUAUAGCUGCUGCAAAUGGACAUUUCAGGUGCAUUGAGCUGUUAAUAACCAACAAUGCUGAUGUUAACCAUGCUGCUUCAGGAGGGCAGACACCCCUUCAUUUGGCUUGUGCCAAUGGAAACUACGACUGUAUUAGAAUCCUGCUGACCGCUGGGGCAGAUCGAACUGUAACAACCGCUGAUGGCUGGACACCAGUUCAUGCAGCUGUUCACGCUGGUCACGUCAACUGUCUGAAGCUCCUCAUGUAUUAUGAAGUAUCUGGAGACAGAAGGUUUGCCAAUGAAUCCGAAUCAGGCUCUGAUUCUUCCGACUCCAGCUACUUGGAGACCAUCCGUUCUCAAGGAGAGGAGUCCAUGCUACUCGCUAGCCUCAUCAACCAUGACGACAAAGAGGGCUGGACUGCUGCCCACAUAGCAGCAUCCAAGGGCUUUAAGAAUUGCCUGGAAGUGUUGUGUAGUCACGGGGGACUAGACGUUGAGAAGAGAGAUAAAUGCAAUCGAACCGUCCAUGAUGUGGCCACAGACGACUGCAAGCAUCUUCUGGAGAAUCUGUAUUCAUACAAGGUGCUUCUGCAGAUCUCCCAGAGCCCGAAUGAACAGAUCUGUGCAAUGGAUAUUCUUGAAGAUGGAGUAACUAUAGGGGUACUUAAUGUCUGCAAGCACACCACCUGGGAUGACCUGUCCAAAAGUUUGUCCCAGGCAGUUACAAACCACUUCCACCUGCUCUCCAGGGGAUGGGAAGAGAAGGGCUCUGCCUUUAACACCAGUGCACAAGCUCCUAUCGGCCUCGGCUCAAACAGCAUAUUUGCAGUCCAGAUAGGAGACACCACUUGGUACCCAGGCCAGGCUCUGGCUCUUACACCUUGGGACUUGUUGAAAAGAUGUUGCUCUCAACACAUCACAGUUAAGCUGAAAGGUUUGCAGGAAACGUCUCUCGAUAGCUUGGCCUAUGCAUCUCUGAUCCCGCUCCAGAUGCUUCAGAACUACGUUCGGCUGGUGGAACAGUAUCGCAAUGUUAUCUUCCAUGGGCCUGAAGGCAGCUGCCAAGAGUACCUAGCCCAUCAGAUUGCACACUGCAUAAAGCACAAACAAGAAGCCUUGGGAAUCCGAUGUGAAAUGGUAAAAAUCGAAGUGGAUGCUAGCUUGUCAAAAGAACAGUUGGUGGAGUAUUUCAUUAGCUGUGGCUUUCUGGUUCCAGUGAAGGACUUGCCAGGGACCGAGAAUGUAGUUGUUGUGCUGGAGAAUUUGGAGAGAGCUGAUUCACUGGCUGAGCUUUUAGGAGACCUUUCAGAGCCUAUUGAAAGCAGGGCCCCAGGGAGCUCGGUCAUCCUGCAAAACACACAGGAAACCCACAGUGCAUAUUACUUCCAGGAGAGCAGCUUCCUGAUUGGAACCCUGGCAAGGUCCCAUCUCCACGGCGCCGAGUUAGUGGUACAGCAGCAUUUCCGCUGGGUACAGCUGCGAUGGGAUGCAGAGCCCAUCCACAGCCUGCUUCAGAGAUACCUCAGGAGAAAGCUGGUUGAUAAGUUUAAAGGUCAAAUGCCACCUCCACCUGACUUGAUUUCUAAAGCUCUGGGAUGGAUUUGUUCUGUCUGGCACCAACUUAACUCCUGUCUGUCUCGCCUGGGAACACCGGAGGCUCUGAUUGGACCAGAGAUUUUCUUCACUUGUCCGAUUGUGCCCAGCCAUCUCCAGUCUAUUGUCAAGUGGCUGUCCAGGCUGUGGAAUGCAGUGAUUGCUCUCCGAGUGGAAGAAGCCAUUCUCUCGAGAGUGAGGGUGAAGAGGUCUCUGGUGCAGGUCCAGUCGUCAGGCAGAAAGAGCCUCAGUCAGGGGCAGCAGGCUGUGGUCAAAGCUGCACUCAGCAUCCUGAUCAACAAGGCUGUUCUCCAGGGCUGCCCUCUCCCCAGACAAGAAAUAGAAGAACAUCUGUCAGAGUUCCAGGGAGGUAGCUUCCCCUUGUCUGUGAUCACCAGUUAUAAAAGUGGCAACAAGAAAAGCAGAGACAGUGGCUCCUGGAGGAAGGCAAGCACCAGCCCUCGGAAGAAGAGCGGCCAUUCUCUCUCGCAACACUGGAGUAAACAGGCAGGACAAAAAAAAGGUGUUCUGUCAAAGACUGAUUUAGACAUAAGUUUCAGCAGAAUGAAUUCCCAUACACAAAAGUCUGUGGUCGGUGACCAGCCAAAGACUGCAGGACUUGACCAGAGAUUGUCCCUUUGCUCAGAUGAUGAAAACGACCUGAUGCAGGAGCUUCAGAGCAUGUGCUCCAGCAAGUCCGAGCCUGACAUAAGGAAGAUUUCACAAGAGAAGAAUGAUUUCCUUAUGUUUCCUGGCUCUCCAAGCGGACAAAUGCCAUUGAAGGCAGAUAAUGACCUAACCGUUCAACGGCAACAACAGAAGGUUGGUGGCUGUCUCCUGAACAACAGUGCACCUGGGAUUUGCAGCAGGGAUAAACAGAUGAGUGAAUCUGGGCCAGCAAGUCCAAAGUCCCAUCUGCCCAUACCUUUAAAUACAAAUUCACAGCGUUCUCACAGUAGAAGCAGAUAUAGCAGCAGCAGUAAUACAAGGCAGUUGGAGAUGAAUAAUAACUCACCAGAGAAAAUUUGGAAUCUGCACAGAGAUUUGCAUGAAAAUAACAAUUAGACCUUCUUAAAUCUUUAUAGAACCGGUUUUAAUUUUAAGUGUAUGUUAUAAAGUAGUAUUACUACAGUUUUUGUAUAUGUAAUUGUAAAUGUACUUGUUACAUUGUGUAUUGGAGACCACAGUUUGUUAUAUACAAAGUAUUGAAUAAAAAAAAGAAAAAAAAAGUGCUUAAAUAGCUUUUCAGGUAAAAACAUUUUGGGUCAAAGUGACAGUGGUUAAUUUUUGCUAUUGAAAUAUUUAGUGUUCUACGUUUUAUAUAGUUUCAAGAUAGGUUUAAAUACUGUUGUUGUUGUUGUGUAUUUGUAUUAUUAUUAUUAUUAUUAUUAUUAUUAUUAUUAUUAUUAUUAUUAUUAUUAUUAUUAUUAAUAUUCAGGGUUUUACCAAAUGUGUAAAUAAGAAAUUUAGAAACUUAUAUGGUAUAUAACUUGGUGUCAGUUGCAUUUCACUUGUACAGUAAAAAAAAAAAAAAAAAAAAAAGAAUAAAUAUUGUACAUAUGUUUAUAAUAUGGAGAAUUGGGUUCAUCAAUUUUCACUUGUUUCAAAGUGAAUGGAAUGUGGCAAUAAGUAACAUAAUUGCAAACACAGGACAUUUUCUUUCAACUGCAAGCCAUAAUAAACAUUUUAAUUAUCCACACGUA